UGAGCCACCAACAACCUCACUCCCUCACUCACUCCCCACGGGUAAUAUAGACUACUUGGAGCAAAGUCCAGCACACCCCCAUCCCACGUCCAAGACAAGAAGCGCCUGGAGCUUGCCAUGGCUGCCAAUCCAGAUCGGGAGGUGUGCCACCGGGCAGGGAGAGGAGGGAAGAUGCUGCUGCCGGUGAUGGCCGUCUUGGCGGCGGUGGUGCUGGCGUCGCUGCCGUCGGCGGCGGUGGCGACCAACUACACGGUGGGCGACGAGAAGGGGUGGAACCCCAAGGUGGACUACACCUCCUGGGUGAAGAAGCACCGCCCCUUCUACAAGGGCGACUGGCUCCUGUUCGAGUACCAGAAUGGGCGGUCGGACGUGGUGCAGGUGGACGAGGUCGGGUACGACAACUGCGACAAGGAGAGCGCCAUCAGCAGCCACAGCAAGGGGACCAGCUACGCGUUCCAGCUCAAGGAGGCCAAGGACUACUUCUUCAUCUGCAGCUACGGCUACUGCUACUCCGGCAUGAAGCUCGCCGUCACCGCCAAGAAGGGCCCCGCCUCUUCCUCCCCCGACUCCGGCUCAUCCUCCUCCUCCUCCUCCUCGCCGGCCGCCAAGUCAUCCUCCAAAUCCGCCGCCCCCCCCAUCGCCGCCCGCAACGCCGCUCCCCUCGCCGCCGCCGUGGGCGCCGCGGCCAUGCUACUCAGGAUGCUCUGAUCAGUUGAUCUGGCUUGCAAUUCCGUUCUCCAUUAAGUCCAGUUUGGCUCAGAUCUUGUCAGAUUUUCUCUUCUCUGUUAAUUUAUUCCUCCCCCUCCUCCUUGGUUAAGCUUAAACAUUGGUUCUUGUGCGCUUGAUUGUUCCAUUUUCCUUUUUCUUAUUUUGUCGAUUUUGAUCCGAAUGGUGUCUGGUCGAUGGUUGUAGUCGAGGUGCCAAAUUAAAGAUUUUAAGUGUGAAUUGAACAAGAACUCCCCCGGUGCUCUGGUUGAUGAUUGUA